AAUGCUAUCACCACAAUGUUCGCUGCGGCCAACAUCAAUCCAAAUGAUGUCGCCAGCGUGACAAUUGGAACAACACACUUUGUCAACGCUGUCAUGGAACGAGAUGCUAACCGGCUCUCGAAAGUAGCUGUCAUCCGUCUGUCAGGGCCAUUCGGGAAACACGCGCCCCCGUGCGUGGAUUGGCCGGAUGAUAUGCGUGAACUUAUCCUCGGCUAUUACGCUCUCGCUAAGGGUGGCCUAGAAGUUGAUGGAUCUUUAAUCAGCGACAUUGACGAGGCCGAGAUUAGAUCCUGCUGUCAAGAGAUCAAGGACAGCGGGAUUAAGAGCAUUGUUGUGAACGGUGUUUUUAGCCCUAUUGAUACAGUUGAGCGACAGGAAGAGCGUGCAGCUAAGAUCAUUAGAGAUGAGAUCCCUGGCUGCGACGUCGUGUGCUCUAAUGAAGUUGCGAACCUCGGUUUCCUGGAGCGAGAGAACGCAGCAGUCCUGAACGCGUCAAUUCUGAGCUUUGCAAGAAAGACAAUCCGAUCUUUCCAAGAGCCAGUGAAGAAACUUGGUCUCGAAUGCCCAGUCUUUAUUACACAGAAUGACGGGACGCUUCUCUCUGGAGAGAUGGCCGCCCGCCUUCCAAUCAGAACCUUCUCCAGCGGUCCGACUAAUAGUAUGAGAGGAGCAGCUUUUCUAGUGGGAGAAGAGCUAAAUGAGGCUAUCAUGGUUGUUGACAUCGGUGGUACAACUUCAGAUGUUGGUCUCUUGUUAGCAAACGGAUUUCCGAGACAGCAAGCGGCAUAUAGCGACCUAGCGGGAGUUCGGAUGAACUUUUCGUGCCCCGACGUCAAGAGCAUUGCGCUAGGUGGUGGCUCCAUCGUUCGCAAGGGCGAUUGCAUGACCAUUGGCCCCGAUAGUGUUGGCUACAAGUUAAUUAAGGAAGCCGUUGUGUUCGGUGGUCAGGUUCUCACGACGACAGACUGCGCUGUGUUGUCCGAUCCGACCAUGACUGUCGGCAAUCGAGACUUGGUCAACAGGGCUCUGACAGAUGAAGAGAUGGUAAGAUUCAAGUCAAUUGUCAAACAUAAGUUAGAGAAGGUCAUCGACAUAAUGAAGACCUCUCCUGGCGAUGUUCCUGUACUCCUUGUAGGAGGCGGAGCGAUUAUUGCACCCGAUGUACUGGAGGGCGCAAGUAAGGUUAUCAAACCUAAGUUUGCCGAGGUUGCCAACGCCAUCGGGGCAGCAACUGCUCGUGUAAGCGCCGUUGUUGAUACGGUGAAAUCGACAGAGUCAAAGACUACGGCACAAUUAUUAGAGGAAAUAUCUGCUGAGGCGGUUGGUAAAGCCGUGGCUGCUGGUGCUUUGGCAGAUUCUGUUACGAUUGCUGAAAUCGAAACAAUUCCCCUGCAGUAUAUCGCUAACAGGUCAAGGUUCAUCGUUCGUGCCGCAGGCGAUUUUGACUACUCCAGGACAGACUUGGCCACAAUACCUGCUACUAGCAAAGACCAAACGGCCAAGGCAAAGGUCGAAAAAGCUACGUCUGAGUUUCAGAGUGAAGCCGACUUACUCGCCUAUCGGCCUGAUGUUCGAGAGCGAGUCUGGUUCGUCAAUGAAACAGACUUAGGUUGGAUCUCUACCGGCUGCUAUAUUCUCGGCACCGGUGGUGGAGGAUCUCCAUAUCCUGACAUGAUUCGCCUUCAUGAUGCUUCGGUAGGCUGUGGUGGUGGAAUGGGCAGUCCAACCGUUGGUAUUGAGAAGCUACCAGGAGAUGAAAUGAUGGAGGCUCAGACUGAGCUUUACAAGAUCUGUGAGAAGCGCCCAACGCAUAUGAUUGCCUUGGAGAUUGGCGGAGGAAACGGCUUACAGGGAAUGAUUCUCGGAGCAAGCCUUAAUAUGGACAUUCCCUGUGUCGAUGGCGAUUGGAUGGGCAGAGCUUACCCCGAAAAGAACCAGACAACACCCGUCGUCUUUAACGAGAGAUGCCCAAUUUGGUCUCCCGUAGCCAUGUCGGACGGAAAUGGAAAUGUGGUGCUUAUUCCGAAAGCGACGUCGGAUCUGCAAGUAGAGCGCGUACUACGUGCUGGCUUGAGCCAGAUGGGCUCGCAGACCGGCUGUGCAGACUCUCCCGUGACAGGCGCCGAGAUGAAAAGAUGGGUUGUCCAGCAUACCAUAUCCCUCGCUUGGAGGAUUGGAAGGGCAGUAAGCAGAGCCCGAUUGACAAACCGUGUCGAUAAUGUUGCGGAGACGAUUAUCCAUGAGUGUGGAGGACCUCAAGCAGCCAGGGUCAUUUGGAAGGGCAAGAUAAUCGGCGUUGAACGAACGCUCCGUAUGGGGCACGUUUAUGGAGAAUGCAUCAUCGAAGGAGCCGACAUCGUUGAGCGUGACGACCCCUCACAAGAGAGCCAGGCGCAAUUCAAGGGUUAUAUCAAGAUCCCCUUUAAGAACGAAAACAUCGCAGCGGUUAAAAUGGCAUCGAUAAAAGAUGUAUUACGAACGGAGAAGCAAGAAGAUGUUCUGGCGAUUGUUCCAGAUUUAAUAUCUGUGAUUGAUGCUCAGAGUGGCGAGGCUAUCGGAACACCGGAGUAUAGAUACGGCUUGCUUGUGAUUGUUCUUGGAAUAGCAGCCAGCGACAAAUGGACCGGCACUCAGAGAGGUAUUGAUAUCGGUGGACCGAAGGGCCUGGCCAUGCCGCAUCUAGAGUAUGAACCCCUUGGAAAGUUUGUUACGCCGGUGAGCGUCAUAGACGAGUUUGAUCAUAAAUAG